UGCUCACAACUGUACUCAAACUCAAAUUGAACGUACAAAAAUUGUUUGCGACAACAGUGUUUAAGAUAAAUUUAUGCAGUAUAUCAUUCUGAUUUUACAAAUUCGUGUUAAAAUAAGUACUCAAUUAUGAGUUCGGAUGAGACAAAGAUGGAGGCUGCCUACGAGCAAUUGAUGGAGGAGAACAUCAGGGGUCAAUUGGAGAAAAAUGGAACCAUGGCGUUACUUCGCAGUGAACUUCACGUAAAGGUCCUCAAAAUGAUGCGGGGUCAGCCGGAUAUAACCAGAGCUCAACUCCUGAUAGGAGGAUCCACUAAAUCACCCGAGAAUCGGAGCUUGACCAAGCUAAUCAACAAUCUGGUGAAGGAGUUCCUUCAUUGGUUUGGCUAUAAACACACCCUGGAAACAUUUUGCAUGGAGACGGAUGAGAAUAUGGCCAAUCGCACUGAAAUGGAGAAGAUGCUUUCCUUCACACCCGAUUCAAAGGAUAUUCCCCUUCUGGCUCAGCUAAUAAUGCGCGAAUCAGAGUUCAAUCCGGAUAAAGUUUCUGCCAAUCGGAUUGUCCAACUGCCAGAUCCUCUGAGUUCCAUGGCAAAACGUUGUAGUAAAUUAAAGGAGGAGAUUGAAGCUCUAAGAACCCAAAGGGAAACAAAGGUGCAGAAACUGGUUCAAUACAAUCGAAAACUCAUAAAGAAUAAUCCAUACGGGAAUCAAUCUACACCGAAAAAGGCUCAAAACACACCUUGUUCGUUAAAGAAAGAGAAUUCCAAGGUUUGCAUAGAUAGCUCUGAAUCUGAUAUUCUGGAAUCGGAUUAUAGCGAAGAUGAUUCGGAGGAUAGUGAUGCCUACAAGGACAUACCCGAUAGGCAUGUCUAUAUCGAGGAUCUGCCGCCAGAAGGAAAAUAUGCCCCUGGCCAUGGAGAAGAAGGUCCAUACGAAGCCAAACAAAACAAGGCCAGAAGUGUUUUUCUAAAUAAUAAAUAUAAACAAGAACAUAGUGCCGAUAAUAUCCCAAGUUCGUCCAAGAAACAGAUAUCAUCAAAUAGUUCCAGAUACCAAACUCCUAAUUCUGACGACUGCGAUUCGGAGGAUAAGGAUUUGCUCCGCAGAAAAGAUAAAGUUUUGAGAAAGAAGAAACCCUUUAACUGGAAGUCCCCGAAAAAAUUCCCGUCUCGUGAAGAAAAUGGUCUAAAAUCUGAUGAUGAAUCAGUUCUCGCUGUCACAAAACCCGAAUGCCCAGAUACUCACAUAGGAAAAAUGGAAUUCGACAGUCAAGAGACCUCGGAUGAUGAUUGAUUGAAACUUUAAAAAAUUUUAAUUCAGAUUGGUUGUAAAUUCAUGGUCUUCUAAAAUAUUUAGAAAGCAAUGUGCAUAAAUGUGUUUUACGAUCUGAGAUUUCUUAUAAAAGUUUAUUCAAUAUUAGCUUAA